GCAUAUUCAAUUCCACCUGUCUUUUCUCUUUUCUCUUUCUCUCUCAACGAAGCUUCUUCUUUUUUUGUUUUUUUGUUUUUUUUUUACUUUUAUUUUAUUUAAUUUCGGUUUCAGAGUUUGUUGAGCAAAAGGUGGAGUAGAACCUCAGGCUGUCCUCUAAUCGAAGCGAUUCUAGGUUUUUGGUGUUUCCUGUAUUCCAAUCAUCUGCGAUUCCAAUCCCUCACCCCUUCCCAUCGAUUGUCAAGCUUUAGGCGUCUCCGAUCGUAUCCACAUCGUCGCCGCCUCGUUUUCUCCGUCCGAUCGACGCCUUUUUUGUCAAAUAUGUUUGUGAUUUCUUGGAGGAAUUUUAAUUUAUACGUUUUAAGAUCGAAUUCGCUACCGAUCCUUGAUUCUUCUGUCUGUUGUUGUAGAAACUCUAGGUUUAAUCUGCUAAUUGUUUAAUUGGGUUUUUGUGAAUUAGGUAACAAGUUAGGGGUUUUUGUGGUAUGAAUCGUUGAUUGGUUGAAUUUUGUGUAGAUAUUUUAGAUUUUGUGUUUGGAUUUGGUGCUGUAGGGAUUUUCUAUUUUCUUGUUUUGGGGUUUGAAUAAAGGCUAUGUAUAUUGAGGAAUUGAAGGGAGGAGGGGAAGUUGAAAGUGGGGAAGUAGGGAAUUUGUGUGCUGGAGACAGCGAAUUUGGUAGUGGGAGUAUUGCCGCUUUGGAUGCCAAAAGGGUUUUGAUUGGGGCAGGGGCUCGUGCGCUUUUUUACCCUACGCUGCUCUACAACGUUGUCAGAAAUAAGAUUCAGGCUGAAUUCCGGUGGUGGGAUAAGGUUGAUGAGUUUAUACUUUUAGGUGCUGUCCCAUUCCCUGUUGAUGUUCCCUGCCUAAAGGAGCUUGGAGUUCGUGGAGUCAUCACUCUUAAUGAGUCGUAUGAGACCUUGGUUCCAACGUCUCUGUACCAUGCUCAUGGCAUUGACCAUCUGGUGCUCCCAACAAGAGAUUACUGCUUUGCACCAUCAUUAACUGAUAUAUGUCAUGCUGUAGAGUUUAUACAUGAAAAUGCAUCAUUUGGACGAACGACAUAUGUCCAUUGUAAAGCUGGACGGGGACGUAGCACAACCAUUGUUAUCUGUUACCUGGUGCAACACAAGAAGAUGACACCUGAUUCUGCUUAUGAUUAUGUUAAGUCAAUUCGCCCAAGGGUACUUUUAGCAUCAUCCCAGUGGCAGGCAGUUCAGGAAUUCUACCAUCUGAAGGUGAAGAAUGCAGUUGCUUACUGCCCAGAAAUCAAUCUUGUAAAGAGGGCCCCAGGAUUAGCAGCUUCUCGAGAUUUAGUUCCAUUUGAUGAUGGCUCGGUAGUUGUGGUAACAAAAUCUGAUCUUGAAGGUUAUGACCCGAGUCUGGAAUCGACUGAUGAGGGAACUGAGAUAUGGGCAGAUCUAAGUGUGGUCUACCGUGUUCGAGUUGCUGGACAGGCAGCUUUGGCAAGAGUAUCAUGCUUUUGGCUUCGGUGCCGUGCACAUCAGAAUUAUUCAGGGAAGAAGUUGGGCAGGGAGAGAAGUUGCUCUAUUAGGGCUGAUCAUCUGGGAGGCAUCAGUGUGGACAUCCAUGUCUACUGAUGAGAAAAAUCACUGGAAUUGUAUACGAUAUGUUUUAUAUUAUGUGCCUUUCAAAUCUUUUUCAAACAGAAAUCGAGAAUAAUGUUACCCCAGGCACAACUGUAAACUGUUUUCCCCAUGUAAAUUGAGUUGUUAUGGUGUUCGAGUCACAACUGAAAAAUUGUGCA